AUGCACAAUACUAAGCAGACAACUUCUUCUCCAAGUUCCUGGGCAAGCUGUACAGUUGAUGAAAAAGGUGCUCGCGCCUAUCGGGGGUACUUUCAUUUGUCCGAAGAAGAAGAAGAAGAAGAAGAAGAAGAAGAAGAAGAAGAAGAAGAAGAAGAAGAAGAAGAAGAAGAAGAAGAAGAAGAAGAAGAAGAAGAAGGAAGACAGAAGUUGGAAUUUGAGGACAAGAAGAAGAUAAAAAUGGACUAG